UGUUGUCAGUGUUCCAGAUUUUGGCCAUUCUAAUAGAUGUGUCAUUCAGUAAAGCCUGGGUGUGUGACAGACAACAAGGAACUGUUUGAGGACAUCCCAGUGGAUCGCAGAGCUGAAAGAAUGGAAUAACGGGUAAGGAAACCAAGGCUUAGAGAUCUGCCCAUAAUCACCCAAUGAAGGUGUGCAACAUCUGGAUCUAGAGCCCAAAUCUUCUCAGCUGUGAAUGAGUUCUCACAAAGGGAGAUCAUGUGGUUAUGAACCCUUGGCCUAACAGUGGAGAUGAAUCGGAACUCCUCACUGUUCCUGAUGGUUGGAAAGAACCAGCUUUUUCCAAAGAGGACAAUCCCAGAGGACUCUUGGAGGAGAGCAGUUUUGCAACUUUGUUCCCAAAAUACAGAGAGGCUUACUUGAAAGAGUGCUGGCCAUUGGUACAGAAAGCCUUGAAUGAACAUCACAUUAAUGCAACCCUGGACCUGAUCGAGGGCAGCAUGACUGUCUGUACAACAAAGAAGACUUUUGAUCCGUAUAUCAUCAUUAGGGCCAGAGACCUAAUAAAACUUUUAGCAAGGAGCGUUUCAUUUGAACAGGCAGUACGAAUUCUUCAGGAUGAUGUUGCAUGUGACAUCAUUAAAAUAGGUUCUUUAGUAAGAAAUAAAGAAAGAUUUGUAAAAAGAAGACAACGUCUCAUUGGUCCCAAAGGAUCUACAUUGAAGGCUUUGGAACUCUUAACAAACUGUUACAUUAUGGUUCAGGGAAACACAGUUUCAGCCAUUGGACCUUUUAGUGGCUUAAAAGAGGUACGAAAAGUAGUCCUAGAUACUAUGAAGAAUAUUCAUCCAAUUUAUAACAUUAAGACCUUAAUGAUUAAACGAGAGUUGGCAAAAGAUUCUGAAUUAAGAUCACAAAGUUGGGAAAGAUUUUUGCCACAGUUCAAGCACAAAAAUGUGAAUAAACGCAAGGAACCGAAGAAGAAAACUGUCAAGAAAGAGUAUACACCCUUCCCGCCACCACAGCCAGAAAGUCAGAUUGAUAAAGAAUUGGCUAGUGGUGAAUACUUUCUGAAGGCAAGUCAAAAGAAGCGACAGAAAAUGGAAGCCAUAAAGGCUAAACAAGCAGAAGCUCUCAGUAAGAGACAAGAGGAAAGAAACAAAGCUUUUAUUCCACCUAAAGAAAAACCAGUUGUGAAACCGAAGGAAGCUUCUACCGAAAAUAAAAUUGAUGUGGCUGCCAUCAAGGAAAAGGUUAAGAAAGCAAAGAAUAAGAAACUGGGAGCUCUUUCAGCUGAAGAAGUUAAGCUUAAAAUGGAAACAGAUGAAAAAAAGAAGAAGAAGAAAAAGUAACACUAAAUAAACCCCCUGAACUAGAACUCAUUAAGCUAUCUCCUUUUGUAAAGGAUUUUGAGAUACUAGGAUGUUCGUAGCCUUAUGUGUGAGAAGAAUACCCUGAUCACAUUUUUCUAGUUUGUGUCAUUCUUCAAAUCAGUGUUUAUAUAAACAGCUGUGUCUUUAUAAAUAUAAAUUAUUGUAUUCUCUGUGAGUUUUUAAUUUUAAUGCUGCAGAGUGGUAUGUAUGUCCUUGUAUACCAUGCACCUUUUCUGUUUUGGCAUGUUUUGCCUAAGCAUAUUAGGUGUAAUUUUUUAGGUUGUUUAUAUAACGAUCUUUUUAGAAUGUGGCUAUUGUAAUUAUCCAUCAAAUCCAGUAUUUGCUGCCACUGUUUAGUCUUUACAUAUAAUCAUGUCCCACAACUUGGUUUUGAGGAAGAUAAAUACAGAUUUUGCAGUGCUGUCUCUAAUGAUAAUGAGUAAACAUUAGGUUUCUUUUUAUAAUCUUACUUUAUAUUAUGUUUAAGAUUAAACAACCCAUAAGCAAAAAGCAAAAGCCUCUUAAAUCCCUUAAUUACUCUUUUGAGUCUGGGAAAAUGGGAAACCAAAGACCUCAAAUUGCUAGAGAGUGGGGAAAACCAGAUGUUUAGCAUGGAAGCAGCAUGCAGCAAGUUAUGUAGAAAUGGUUUUACUAAUGAGGGCCAGUGGAGUCGUUUAGAAUCACC